CCCGAUCUACUGGACGAUCUCGUUCUCUUCGCUCAGCUCCGGUCAGAUGUGAUUGCGUGCGAGUAGUCAUGGUGACAUCGGGGAAGAACGCUCUCCUGAUGAAUACACCAGUUUGUUCUGAUAAAUGAACAGUAGAAAGCAAAACGAACGUACAAAUUCGUCGUUCCAUUCAAGUUGUUUUUUUUUGCCAAAACGUCAAUUCUUCGCCAUUUCGGAAAUCCAUCGAUUGAUUCGAAAAGACGAAACAUCGCGAAGGGGAGAGAUCGAGCAUUUCGUCGUCACGUUUCGCUUGCAGUGUGCGUGUUAAGAGAACAAACUAAAGUGGUGCUGUGGGUUGGUUAUAAAAGAGCACACCCUAGACAUUGUGAAGUUCAGUGUGGUUGUUUAUGGUGAUUGCGGCGGAUCGCGGCUGGAUCAGUGUGGUCUUGUUUCAGUAGAAAUAAGCGAUCCUUGUUACACGAAGAUGGAAAGGAAAAGGCAUUAUCGAUGUCUGAGUGCAUCACGCGUAAUCAUUAACAUAGGGGUGAUGAGCUUGCUGUUGCUGCAAUCGUUUUCCUGUCAAGGACAAACGUAUCAAACGCAAGCCCAACAGGCUUUAGGACAUGAACUGAUCAGUGCACAGCAACAGCAGCAACUACUACAACAGCAGCAGCAGCCACAAAUGCUGCUCCAACAACGCCAGCAGACAAUAUCUAAUCGGAGGACAAUACCUCGUGCAACAACUCCGGCACCACUGCAGCUUGCGUCCGGUAAUGUGCAGGGUAGCUUACCAUUUUCCUACAACCCAGCGUCGCGCGCCGUAACCGAGCUGGCAAGAGUGAUCGGUGCCAUCAUGGGUCAACAGAGCAAUGCGGGAGUCUUUUCGCCCGUCAGCAUUGCUUGCGCUCUUUCAUUAAUGUUGAUCGGCGCCGAAGGCGAGACAAAGCGGGAGCUGGUGCGAGUACUUGGUUUCCAGCAGUUCGAGAACAACCUGCAAAACAUGCACCAACUUUACAGUCAGAUGCUGAACGACCUAGCGAAGACGCAGUUCGACGUGCAUCCGCCAAACUGGCGAACUGCUAAUCCGUGUUACGAUGGUGAUGAUGAGGGCGGCACCGAUUAUGAUGAGGGGAGCUAUGAACCUCCCACGAAAGAUGUCAUUCGAGUCACAAAUGCUGUUUUCGUGCAGGAUGGGGUGCAGCUGGAUGGCAACUUUGGUUACUUCUCCAAGCACUACUACAACAGUACAGCAGACAAUGUACCGUUCACCACGGAUCCAGGGCGGGCAGCAAAUAUAAUCAACGGCUGGGCUGCUCGUAGUACCGAAGGUAAAAUACGUGAAAUCGUGUCAACAUCAUUUGCGGCCGAAACAGAGAUGGUCGUAGCAAGUGCGCUCUAUUUCAAGGGUCUUUGGUCGGAAAUGUUCGAGAGACAAGCAACCGAACUGAAGCCGUUCUAUCCGGAUGGGCACGAAAGACCUGCGAAACCGGUUCUAACGAUGGCGGCCGUCGGAUGCUUUCCGUACUACGAUGCGACACGCGAGUUCGAUGCGAAGAUCGUUGGCCUGUCGUACCAGGGCAACAAAACGGCCCUGUACAUUAUCAUGCCAAAUAACUCGACCCGCCAGCGAAUGCAAGACUUCCAGCGUAAUCUUACGCCAGCCAUGAUCGGUGAGAUGGUAGUGAAAAUGACAACACGCAAGAUGUAUCUACAGCUGCCUAAGAUGCGCAUCUCGAACACAAUCAAUCUGCGCGACGUGCUACAGCGACUCGGACUUCGGACGAUCUUCAAUCCUGGUCAGAGCGAUCUAUCGGCUAUGAUUGCACGGUCCGUUCCGCUGAAUAUCUACGAAACACGGUUCGGGGGCUCCACACCAGAUCCGUCGUCAGUGGUGUUUCCGAUCGAUGACUAUUAUCCUCUGAAUCCAACCGAAGCCCGCCGUGGCAGUACAAAUGGUGGUAACCAACCUAACAUUUUCCGUGAACCAGCCAGCGGGAUAAAACCGCAACCGACCAAGGCCGGAAAACAAUUGCAUGUUAGUGAAUUCAUCCACAAAGUAGAGCUGGACAUCAAUGAAAAGGGCACAGAGGGUGGAGCAAUUACAACAUCUACCAUCUUCCGAUCACUACCAUCAAUACAUUUCCGAGCAGAUGCACCAUUUCUGUUACUAAUUGGACACGACGAAACUAGACUUCCGUUAUUCUACGGAUCAAUUUACGAUCCUUCCAAUAUGAAGCUCCCUCAGACAACGUUGUUAGCAAUAUGCAUGCUCUCAGUAGCAGUUGUUCAAUGCCAAUGGACGCGACGGUACACAACUUCAGGCUACACACCUAUGGUACGGCAGACAUCGCGUUUCGCGUCGAGACUGGGAGCAGAUGCGACGUCGAGCACUGCGGCACCGGCUAAAGAACAGCCGGCAAAAAGUUUCGCUCAACCACCCCAAAAUGAUCCACGAGUUGUACAAUCCGUCGUGGAUUUAAUGCUGAGGCUUAGCAAUACGAUUAUGCAGCAGCAGGGCAAAACGGAAUUAUUUUCACCGCUCAGUAUUUCGAUGGUAGCCAAUUUGUUGUUUUUGGGUUCAAAGGGCGUCACACACACUGAGUUUAACAAGUUGCUAACACCAACCGGUAUGGAUUGGAAGCAGUUACAUCGUAGUUACGGAGGGGUGUUGGGUAAUAUGAUGUCACCGACGCCUAUCGAUAACCGUCGUGACCCUUGGCGUCGUCAAACGUGCCACGAGGAAGAUGACUAUGACGAUGAUGCUGGGCAGUCGACAGCAGCUCAAAAUACGCAAGUCAUUCGAGUCGCCAACGCAAUUUUCUACCACAACAACCUUCCCAUCAGCCAACAGUACGUUAAACUAGCUCGUGAACUGUAUGGAUCAUUGGUGUAUCCAUUGGAUCUAAACGCAGACUCUUCGGCUGGUGUCAUCAAUCGAUGGGUCAAUGACAUGACAGUCGGCAAGAUUAGCAGAAUGAUCGAAGGACCGAUAAGCAGCAGUGCCGGCAUGGUGGUUGCCAAUGCGCUUUAUUUUAAAGCAGAAUGGAGGAGACAGUUUGAUGGAUACUCAACACGGGAUGCCGCUUUCUUUCCCGACGGAAUGGAUAGAUCGUCGUACAGCGUGAAAAUGAUGUUUCUCAGCGCAUGCCUUCCAUUCUAUCGCACGUAUGAUGCAUCAGAUGUAACGAUCGUGGGACUUCCGUACCGCGAUAACAUCACAACAAUGUACCUGAUCCAACCUGCGAAUUCCAGCCGAACGACACUCCGUCGACUACAGGGCACACUGAACGCCAAAACGUUGGAAACUUGGAUUGGACGUAUGAAGCUGCAGAAAACGAGUGUCCGGCUGCCAAAAAUGCACUUGCGCAGCAAUUUAGAUUUGUCGCAGUCCUUCCAGCGACUUGGUUUCAAUUCAAUCUUUAGUCCAGCCAAGAGCGAUCUAUCUAAUAUGUUUCCAGCCAGCGGCGGUGGCCAAAAGCCGUACGUGAAUCAAAUAGUCCACAAACUGGACCUUACAGUUGACGAGUCAGGUACCGAAGGUGCUGCCGCUACUGCGGCACUCAUCGAUCGUAUUGGAUCACCUGCAUUUUUCAAUGGCAACACGCCGUUCCUGAUAUAUGUAAGACACGAGCCUACCGGUUUGCCAUUGUUCUAUGGUCCCGUGUUUGAUCCAAGAUGAACAGUAUUUUUGAAAAGUACUAUGUCCUUUUAGACGUAGACCAAAGAAUGUAUACAUUAUGAUGUAGCACUAAGAUCCCUUCUAUGUAUUUAUUUAAUAACAAUUUGGAAGCUAGGCCACGACAGUUUGUCUUUUGUCAUCGUUAAUAUCAUUAGCUCCAACAUCUACUGUACUGAUAUGUGACCAAUAAACAUAAGGAAAUAUGCGAUUUUUGAAA